AUGGUAAGUGUAAGAGUUUAAUAUAAAUUUGAAUUAGGAUGUGUUUAUACUUACAAAUUUUAGUUAAACUUUUUGAAGUUGGAAUAAGCUUUUGUGAUAUGGUGUUAAGGACUAAAAUAACUUUUUUGUUUCAGGUCUUGGAAGACUGGACGAUACCGAGACUAUCUUCAAGUUCAGAAAGCGAAAAGGAAAACAAAGAAGAUGUUCCGACGAACAAGAGCAAAAGAAACAUUAAGGAGAAGGCUAAGGAGGUUACAAAGAAGAGAAAGCCUACAGUAACGGAAGAGGUAGAUGAGGACAAGAAAGAGGAGAAAAAGAAGAAGAGAAAGCCUACUGUAAAGGAUGGUGAGAAGAGUAAAGAAGGUGAUAAGAAGAAGAGAAAGCCUGCUACAAAAACUGAUGAGGAAGGUAAAGGAAAUGGCAAGAAGAAGAGAAAGCCUACAGAUGAGAAGAGUAAGGAAGAGGUUCAAAAGAAGAGAAAGCCGGCACUAAAAGAGAAGGCAAAUGCGGACGCUAAAGAGGAAAGAACGGUGAAAAGAGCACGGAACGGACGAAAGAAGAAAGACCAAGACUUACCAAUACCGUCAUCGAGCACUGCCAAUGUUUUUGAAUCUCCUCUACACUUCCAAACCUCAAAGAUAAAGAUGAAACCCGAGAAUGUUCGUGAGGGCGUAUCUUUCAACCGGUCGAACGCGGACACCACUAAUCAACAAAGCACUUCGAGAAGACCGAAUGGCGACAGUAUGUACGGUGCCUUUGGUGCUGAUGAUCCUAUCGAAAGAGAGUUCAGGACUAGCUACUACUUACGCAAUGUCAGAUGUCCAGUUUCGUACAAAUACUAA